AUGGACUCCCAGUGGCAGCAGGGCUACGCCGACUCGGCUGGCUCUGCGAGGAGAUACAAUGGCACCGGCGCCCAGAUUCCUCGGGGAGAUUACAAUGGCCAACAGGCCCCGCAGACUCAGCAGCCUCCUGCAGGCUUCAAGUAUGACCAGUACCAGAGCGCCAGUGGUAUUUCCUCCCACGCUGCAAGCGCUGCCACAUCCCCAAUGUCUACUCCUCAGAUGCGCGAUGGCAACGGCGACAUUCCUAUGCACGAUGUCCAAGACUCGUACACCGGGAUGAAGUAUCCCAUGAGACCUCAUCACCAGUCUCACCUCUCGGGUAGUCGCUCGUCCACCCUGUAUUCACCUCAGGAGCCCUCGGCUGCUGCCCAACGGUAUUCGCCAAUGGAGGCCCUGUCCCCCACCUCGCCUUACGCGCCUAAGUCUGCGCAAGGCCAAUUCUCAUCGCCCCCAGGACAACGACAAUCUCCGACCAGGCAGUCCGAGUACCUCCCUCAAAGCCCUCAUUAUGGCGGUCGUCAGCAGGGUCAGCAGCUUCCGUCGAUCCCCCCCUAUGGGUCUGGGCAUGAUGGUUACCCGUCCGCUGUCGUAUCCAACAUUGACGGUGCCUUCGCGGCCGAUCCCAAAUCACCGCGACGCCCAAUCCCACAGCCAAUGACUAGAGGACCCGUUCCCGAAUUCAGGCCAUGCCGAGCCCCAACCGACCUUCGUCCAAAGGCCAGCUCCCAGCCCCCCUUCAGGCGUGCUAACCCGGAAGGCGGAUUCAUCAGCCCUCUCCAAGCACUUACCGUGCAUCUACCUGCCACCUACAGGAUAUGCAAUCCAAACUUCAAAUACGAGUCCUCCCGCAACCCUCGCCGGGUUCUCACUAAGCCGAGCAAGGGCGUGAAGAACGACGGUUACGACAAUGAAGAUAGCGACUACAUCCUUUACGUGAACGAUAUAUUGGGCUCGGAGGAAGCCGGCCAUAAAAACAGGUAUCUCAUCCUCGACGUUUUAGGUCAGGGUACCUUCGGUCAAGUUGUCAAGUGUCAAAACCUGAAGACUCAGGAGGUCGUGGCUGUCAAGGUCAUCAAAAACCGUACCGCCUAUUUUAACCAGAGUAUGAUGGAGGUUUCAGUUCUGGACUUGCUCAACACCAAGCUCGACAAGAACGACGACCAUCACCUUCUACGACUCAAGGACACUUUUAUACACCGUCAGCACUUAUGUCUAGUAUUUGAACUUCUAAGUGUCAACUUGUACGAGUUGAUUAAGCAGAACCAGUUCAGAGGUUUAAGCACGACUCUUGUCCGUGUUUUUGCUCAACAGCUCCUCAACGGCUUGGCCCUCCUCAACAAGGCUCGACUUAUCCAUUGUGAUUUGAAACCUGAAAACAUUCUGCUCAAGAACCUUGAAAGCCCCAUAAUUAAGAUCAUCGAUUUCGGUUCCGCAUGCGACGAACGGCAGACGGUCUACACUUAUAUUCAAUCGAGAUUUUACAGAUCUCCAGAGGUUCUGCUGGGCCUGCCAUACUCGUCUGCUAUUGAUAUGUGGUCAUUGGGUUGUAUUGUGGUCGAGCUGUUCUUGGGACUUCCUCUAUUUCCUGGUUCUUCCGAGUAUAACCAGGUCUCACGCAUUGUCGAUAUGCUUGGUAACCCACCAAACUGGAUGAUUGAGAUGGGCAAACAAGCCGGCGAAUUCUUCGAAAAGAGGCAGGACGAGUUCGGUCGCCGGACGUAUCAGCUAAAGAGCAUGGAGCAGUAUGCAAGGGAACACUCGACCAAAGAGCAGCCUAGCAAGAAGUACUUCCAGGCGAACACGCUCCCAGAGAUUAUCAAGUCCUACCCUAUGCCGCGUAAGAAUAUGAAGCAGAGCGAGAUCGACAGAGAAAUGAACAACAGAAUCGCUUUCAUCGAUUUCGUGAGAGGCUUGUUGAAUAUCAAUCCUCUGGAGCGCUGGUCACCGCAACAGGCCAAGUUGCACCCUUUUAUUACGCAGCAAAAGUUCACCGGUCCUUUUGUCCCGCCCAUGAACCUCAAGUCCAGUUCCCUGAACCGGUCUCCGGCGCCAGGCACUCAACAACAGCAGCAAGCCGAGGCCCUGAGCAAGCAGAGGGCACAGGCCGCUCAGGCUCAGGCGAAUUCUGCCGCACAAGGAGCUUAUGCCUCCAUGGCCACUCAGUAUCAGCAGCCAGGACACUCGCAGGGCCCUCAGAUGUAUGGAAACAAUUCCAUGUAUUCCCCUAGCACUGGUCACGCACCUCAACCACCUCCUUACGGUGCUCAGCAAGGCGCAUACGGGCAGAUGCCCAUGACACAGGCUCCGCAACAAAUGCCACCUGGACCAUACGGUAAUAUGUCCCAGCCACAGCCACAGCCGCAGCCGCAGCCCCAACAGCAGUCGCAGCAGCAGCAGACUGGCCUUUAUGCCCAGUCCGGAAUGCGGCCUCCUCGCCAACGUGCUUCAACCAUGGAGCAGCAGCAGAGUGGCAUUCCAAUGGCUAUUCAACGCGUGGCUAGCCAUCUUGACCCGAGCCAGCCUAUUCGGCUGCAACCUAGCCCGGCGUACUAUCCUCCGCCUGCUGACGGUGGCAUGGCUGGAAUGGACAAUGCUCCUGGCCGAGCAGGCAGGCGUGGAAGCCGUGCACAGCAGGGUGGAAGGGGUAAUCGGGACUUUAUUCGCAACCUUGAGGAGCGAACUUUGGAGGAAGGGUUCAUGGGCAACCAGAACCCGUGGCAUUGA